AGGAGAAAAAAAAAAACAGGCUAAAACAAUUAGUAAAUGAAGCAUCUUGUGUCCCCAAAUGAGAACAUUCUUUAGUUAAAAUGUUCCUUUUAAGUCAAGAAUCUCAAGCUCAUCAUCAAGAAAUGUCCCUAUAACAACAAAAAUAUAUCACUUAAAUCUUAAAUGACUUGCUUUUCUUGUUUUAUUUUUUAGUUUUUGUGGCUCAUCUUUCUUUAAAGGCUUACUGUUGAAGCAAAUAUUUAUGAAGGUGUCCACACUAAUCAACUAUUAACACACUGGCAUGUUCAAAAGGUCUAAGCUGUCCUCUAAAGCUUCUUAGCUAUUAGCAUGUGAAUAUCAUCAUCGCGGAGUUGGAUAGUUAGUUAGAGUAUGGUAAAUGAGAUGGGAAACACAAAUUCAUCAGCAGAUCAAGAAGCAGAGAAACCUGCAUUUGACACGCAACAGAAAGGCGAAGCUGCUGGCGAUGCAAAUAGUGUCAAAGAAGAAAACAACAUACUACUUGAAGCAGAGAAAGCUACAGCUUUGCCUACUUAUGACACUUCAACAAUUAAAGAACCUAAACUUGAGAACUCUCAACAUGACAAAACAGAUGAAAGUAAAAGAGCGACAGAGAAUUCGCAAAGUAAUGAUUCACUGAGUGAAGUCACCAAUAGUCAAACACAUACUACACCAAUUAAGGAUGAACUUCAUAACCAACCAAUAGACCAGAAAGGUGAGGCAGAAGGAAGCAUAUCAAAUGAUGAAGUUUUAAAGUCCGAUCCAGUUGAAUCCUCGAGUGUUGCUACUGAGGUAGUGGAAGAACACUUCAUUUCAUCAUCAAGCAAGGAACAAGAAGCUCCAGAGAACGGAAGAUCAGGAAAGAGUGAGGAUAAAACUCAGUUGAUCAGUUCUGAAAUUGGGCGUGCAGAUAAGACUAUUGUUGCUGAUGCCAAUGAUCAAAACGUAACUACUCAAAAAGAUGAAUGCUUGGCGGGAGAAUUGGCUGCCUCAGGAGUUAUAUCAAAUGAGGAGAAACAUGAGAAUAUGAGUGCUGAAAAUCAGGUUGAAAAUGGUUACUCAGUUAGAACUGAUUUGGAUGAAAGUCCUAAAGUGGAGUCCAGUCCAAGUGAUGCUACAGGCUCACCGUUGGCAGAUAGUCCACAGAUUACUCCAUCGAGUGUGUUUGCAGCAGUUCUUGAGCUACAUAACAAAUGUAUGGUUUAUAAUCCAGAGACUGAAUCAGAAAACGCGGUAAAGAAAUGUGAUCCGAAGGAAACUGAGUCAUUUCUGCAGGCAGUGCAUGAAAUGCAGAAUGACAAUGCAGCUCCUUCAGUUGAAUCACACCCCAAAGAGGCUACAGAGGAAAAACUACCAGGAAACAACACGAACACAGAUAGUGUAAUGGAUUAUUCAAAUGAGGAGGGUACGGCGAGGGGCAACAUAAAUGUACAACCUGAUAUUCUAUAUCAGGCUCACGCGUUACCAGUAGAACAAAAUGUGAAUUUUGAAGAAACUUUUGAAAUGGUGCCUGAAAUUGGAGUACUCCCUACCAAAUUCAUUGGAACAUCUAUCAAUCUUGUAGAAGAGAGCUCAACUGAAGAUGGUCUUGUUGAAAAAGCAAAGGAAGGAGUUGAGAAGUCCAGUACAAAGGAAAAUGGUGCUGAUAUAGCAUAUGCAGAUGGAAGAAUGCAGGGGUAUGAAUCUGUUGAAGAUCAGAAAAACUUGACCGAACACGAUAACUGCGAAUUUGUUGUCACUGAGGACUCUGGUGUUUUUGAACUCAAGAUAUCAGAAGAAGAGACAGCAAAAUUUGCGGACUUUUCUGAGACAGAAAAUGUACAGAAUGUUCAGCCAAGUCUCGACACAUUAGCGUUUUCCAAAGGAAAAUGUGCUUCUGAUCAAAUGGUGCCAAUUCGCUAUAACACUCCUAUUAAAGCACCUGAGAGUAUUGGAAGGUCAAGUCUUGAAUCGAUCCCGGAGAAAUCAAUCAACGGAAUUGAGCUUCGAAAGUCUCCAAGCUUUGAUUUUGGUGUUCACAGAAGAUCUUCAGAAUCAGAUCAAACUCCACUUCUUUGUCCUGAGAGGACUACUACAAGAAGUUUAUCGGUUGGCUCCACUGCAAAGUUCUCAAACUCAAUCAUGAGAACUGAACAUAACCGAAGCUCACUAGACUACGAGGCAGUAGCAGUGGAAGAGAAGACCAUUCGAGUGGAAAGAAGUGACUCUGAUAUUUCCAGUACUCCUCUUUUAGGCUUGUCAAACAAAGGAGAAAACGGCGAUCUGAAGGCCGUUACAUCUGAAACACAACAGAAUCAUAUUGCUGUUAUGAAACGAGACAACUUUCAGGCAUCACAAGAAAAGGAAAGUUCUCUAACUUCACCAAAAGGGAGCGCAAAACGCAAGCCUAGACCGUCUUUCUUCACUACUUGCAUCUGUUGCACAGCAGCUACUCAUUAUUGAACAGACUCAAAAAGAUAUUUGUUUUGUGUUUUGAUUCUUCUUUUCUUUUUCAAUUGAUUGGUUUUUUCACCAUAUUAAAAAUAUUUUCACGUGGCAUUUUUCGUCACAACGGAGUGUUAAGAGCAUGUAUAGUCUGUAAGAUACUGAUAAAAGUGUGCUGAGAGUGAGCUAGCCGGUGAAUUUCUGAGUGAUGACUAUAAGUUAUAAACUUAUACUUCCUGUUUUUUUUUUUUUCGUCUUUGGCUUAUUAAUUUAUUUUGUUUACUAAUAGUCCCUUGAUAUGAAAAAUCCAUUACAUGUAUCAACUGAUAUUGAGUCUUGGUGUGUUGGCAUCUCAUAUCAAUGGUGUCUCAUUGUUCUUUUCUGAUACAUGACAAGGAAUUUAUGAGUUAGAAGCACAAUGCAUAUUGGAAGUUACCCCUUUACAUUUUCUUAUGGUUUAAAAUUACCUUCACGAUACGUCAAUUGAAGCUCCAUUAAGGUCUAAGAUAUAUGUGAUACAAUUUACUUAUAACAAAA